AUGAGGUUCAAUCUGUGUGUUCUUUUGAGUGGUGUUCUUUCUGGCCUUGCCCAACUCCUGGCAGAUCAAGACCUUGCGAUUCCGGAUAAGUACAUCAUCAGUCUGAAGGCGAACAUACCCGAGACUGCCGUUGAAAACCAUCUCAAAUGGGUGCGGGAAGUACACAAGAAGCGGGAUUUAUCCCGUCGUGAUCUUGUCGGAGUUGAAAAGACCUUUGACAUUGGCUCUUUUCACGCUUAUGCGGGUUCCUUCGAUGAAGAAACCUUGACAGAAAUCCAGGCAAAUGACGAGAUCGAGCGUGUGGAGCCAGAUACUUCCAUCUAUCCGUUCGACGUCGUGUCCCAGCAGCAAGCGACCUGGGGUUUGGGCACGAUCUCACAAGUGGCCCCUAUCGAUGCAAAUGCCAGCCUUAAAGAUGGAUUUGAGUAUCUCCAUGAUGAAAACGGUGGGAAAGGUACGUUUGCAUACGUGAUUGAUACUGGUGUCUGGGUCGACAAUCCCGACUUUGAAGGGCGGGCCGAACUAGGAUACACAGUAUUUGCGGACAUCCCUUUCGAGGACAGCACUGGUCACGGCACGCAUGUUGCUGGAACUAUCGCAUCGAAGACAUGGGGAGUUGCAAAGAAAGCGCGUGUGAUUGCUGUCAAAGUCAUUGCACCUGGCCGAGGUGUCAUGUCGGACUUUAUGGAUGGAUUCUCUUGGACUGUGAACAACAUCACGGCGAUCCCUGGUCGUGCUGCCGUGUCAGUGAUCAACAUGAGCCUGGGCGGCCCAAUCAACUACGCAUUUGAUAGCCUGGUGCACGCAGCAUCCGAGCAGGGAAUUCUAUCAGUCGUCGCUGCCGGCAACGCCGGUGUUGAUGUGAACCGCAUAUCUCCAGCAGGGGUGGUUAGUGCUAUUACGGUCGCAGCCAUCGCUGCAAACAACACCGUUCUAAGCUACAGCAACUUUGGGUCUAAAGUCGACUUGUAUGCUCCAGGAGUUGACGUGUACUCGCUUUCAUUAGAGGCAGGAAAGGACGUAGCAUUGACUGGCACAUCUAUGGCCUCGCCGCACGUUUCUGGCCUGGUGCUAUAUCUGAAGAGCCUGGAAGGAGGCCUAGAGUCUGUCGAGGCAGUAACUGCCAGAAUCUUGGAGCUGGCCAAGCCAGACGUCAUUGAUGGAGUACCAGAGUACACGCCCAAUCUGCUCGCAUACAACGGAUAA